AUGAGAUGGCUCAAUUUUGGAAGCGUAAAGGAAACGACAGCGAAGGCAACUCCUCCUUGUUUCCUCCUUUUCUCCCAAUGCCACGUUGAAGAUUCAACUUCGCUCGCUGCAGCGGCAGUAAUCUCCACCGCACUUCCCUCAGUCCUCAUCGGUCGCCUUCUUCUUCCUCCGCCUCCGCGACGAUCAGGGCAUCGCGGUUCUUACAGUUGUUCAGCUGACGCUGGGACAUGGCUCAAUUGUUGCAGCAUCAAGAUUCGAAUUUAUUAUGCAAUAAAAAUCACUUUGGGUGCAUGUCAGGCUUACUCCCAUAUCUUGAUCACUCCCAUCUUUAUGCAAAGAAGUCACUCAAGCACAGUGAAUCUGGCGAUGCCAAACAACUAUGGGAUUGGAGUGCUGAGUUCUAUGACUAGAGCAACAAACCCUUGUGUUCAUGGCAAGAAAGGUGCAAGAUUCUAUAUCCCAUUAACUAACCAUCAAAAUGAUGAGUCAUCUGGAGCAGCUAACUUGAUGGUAAGUAAAAGAAAUUCAGGAAAAGCCCUUAGAGAUUCGAUAUUGAAAAAGUUGUUUGGGAAGUUACAGCCUAAACAGAAAAUGCUUCCGGUAACCCCACAUCUGCUGCGCACAUUUUCCAUUCAUCACUUGGAGUGUGAUGACUACAUUCUUCCAGAGGAAAUGACUAUUAGGAAUGAAACAACAGUCGAACUGCAGACGUCUGACUCUCAACCUAUUCAGCAAGAUCAACUUUUUGAAAACGAAAUCAACUCCAAAAUUUGUGGAUCAGCUAAUGUCGUAAAACAUGUUGGCCAUGACGAUCUAGUUGAGACUGAAGAACAGGCUAUGCAUAAGGAAAAACUGCAUGCAGCACGUGAAGCACAUAAAGAGUUGCAUUUGAAAAUUGAGGAAGAUCCAAAUUCUGUUCUAGAGAGUUAUUCAACGGAUGGUCAGACAUCCAGUUCAGUUAAAAGUUUUAACAAUUCUGAUUCAUUUCCAACUCAUUUGUUAGGUACAGAAGGAAGAAAACGUGGUAAGAGUAAUCAAAUUGCAUCCAAGGAGAAUCCUCGGAUUUCGAUGGAUGGGUUGCUCCAUAAAAUCCCCUAUGGAGAGAAGGUAUCUAGGGAAGCAUUAAAGAGAAACCUGUUUCGAUCUGCCUCGGCCAAAUCAGAUGGGGAGAAAGUGCACCAUAAAACCAUUCAUAGAUCUCGUUCUCUUACUGAAUCAUUGGAUCAGUAUUCUAGUUUGCUAAAUUCCUGUUCAGUUAGAGAAAGCAAAAUGACAUCUGAGUCCUUAAACUCGAUUAACAAAUACAGCAGCUUGCAGGACAAGGAUGAAGUGAAAAAUUAUAAAAGGCUUCUUUCGAAUCCUGAAUAUGGAUCUUACCAUUCGGAUAAGAAAAUUCAGAAGGGACUUUUCCGGGCAUCUCUAUCAUUAAAUGAAACAGCAGUCAGUCAACUGGAUGUUGAUGGUUUCAUUGAUACAUGUGGUUUUUCUGAGUCAAAGUUAGUCGAGCCCCCUCUUCGUGUGGAAGUUAAAAUGGAAACUACUAAAUCUGCAGAUCAAAUUGCUAAAGUGAAUUUUUGUGAGACAGCUGAUGAACAACCUUUGUUAAACAUUAGUGUACCUGAGGAUCUUGAAAUGUUUGAAAUCACAGAGACAUCAGAUGAGCAUGGUAUCCAUUUUCAGUUUCCUAAUAAUUCAUUCUUGGAUAGUGAGUCUUACCAGAUUGAACAACCUGAAUCAAAUGAAAAAGGAAAAAGCAUUGCUUCCAUGGACAAGCUGCCAAGGGUACCUGAAACAGAUCCAAGUGCCGAACCAACAAAACAGAGCCAAAUUUCUAAUCUUGACCCAUGUUUUGAAGAAGGAAUUGCGAAGUCAUCAAAAUAUAUAAUUUCAGAAGAUUCUAUACUUAAGAGCCUCCAUUUGAAGGACCUCACGGCAUUGCCAGAACUGGUGAACUCUUUGGAUGUUACUGCAUCCAGUUCCAAUUGUGAAGCGCCAGAUGGAUUAUCUACUUCUGAUUCUUUUUACAUUCAAUUGGAUCAAGAAGACGAAGCUGAGUUCAAAUACGUUAGGGAUACCUUGAUGAAGUCCAAUAUAAAUAGUUCCGAGUUUAUUGAAGAAUGGUAUCCUCAGUACCAGCCACAUGACCCUUUUCUUUUCGGGAAAGUGGUCGACACAUUUGAUGAAUCUGAAACUGCAUCCCUUGAUCAUCUGCUUCUAACUGAUCUGAUAAACGAGGUGCUACUUGAGACCUAUGAAAAGUGUUUCCUUCAGAAUUGGUUCUUGCUCAUACAUCCUAGCCCAAGGACAAUUCCUUUGGGCCGUCAUCUUCUCAAGGAAGUCUGGAUGAAGAUUAGCAAACUUCUUAAUUUGCAAAGGCAGUCAAAUCACACGCUACAAAAUGCCAUGGCACAAGAUUCUGCGAACGACAACAGGUGGUUGAACUCACAGUGGGAAGCUGAGGCUGCAGGAAUGGAGUUGGAGUGCCUUGUACUGGGUGAUUUGCUAGAUGAACUGCUGCUCGAGCUUAUUGAUAUAUGAACUUGUCAACCAAUUUGGUCUCUUAUUUGUAGAUCUAUCGUUAACAUAGUUCAUACUCCAACAAUGUUCAUACAAAUACUCAUACAACGGUUGUUUUGUUUUGGAAAGAAAAUGUUGUAUAAAUUAUUUAGGCUACAUUUGGUAAGAGGU